AUGCCAGUUUGCGAUUUAGAAUGUGGGACUUUGACCCACGAGUUUAUUGGUCCUGUAAGAAUAAUUGUAGUGGAUGAUGAUGAAUAUUUUACGAAAAUAUUCAAGCUGGCCAUAUUAAUGUUUGUAUAUGUACUAAUGGGAAUGUUACUCGCGGUGCCUGCUCUUUAUUACUUAGACUUUACGGUUGAGUGGCAGAAUAUAGCACAUGUUCUUUUUGGUAUAUUGAUAUGUCAGUGUUUGAUUCCGAUAGGUGUACUCUCCCAUAAUCCCUCAGUGUUAUCUACAGCACCAAUGCGACCCGCGGACCGGAUGGACCAACACAUAAAACUGCAAGCAAUCGCUUGCUUCUUUUUAUUUUGUACAAGCAUUGUAGCACGUUUCAUAAACUCAUCUCGAGCCGACAACAGAAUUCAUAGAGUCACAGGAGAUGUUACGGUUUUCUUUUGUAUUAUGACCGCUUUAAUCGGAGCUUUAAUACGUGUGUGGGAUUGGGAUUGUUUUGGGUUAAAACAAAAGCCUCUUUUUAUAAUUGGUCACAAGGUGCUUGGAUUUCUGACAGUCACAUUCUGUACCCUCACUUACAUCACUGGCAUAAGUACGUGGCGGUUCACAGAGCAUUUGCCACUACGAGUGCAAGACAACUUUAAGUUUGUUUUAACAAUCCUAGGUUUUAUAUAUACAGCUGUCAUUAUUUACUUUCCUGUCAUGAAAUUCUUCGAAGAACAAGACCUUAAAAGACCAACCAGGCUGUAAGAUGCGCUAAAAAGAUUUUGAAAAACCACG